AUGGCUACUCAAGUAUUAUACAAUAAUCAAGAAGUUAUACAUUAUAAUAAAGAGAUAAAAUCAAACGAUGUAAAUGAUACGAAUGAUGCAAAUGAUGUUUCGUCAAUAAUAUCAGAUGCAUCCUCAGAAUUUGAUCCAGUUAAAGAAAUCGCAUUUCAACUUGGUGUUGAAUUCAUCAAAUAUUCAGAAUUCGAAGAAAUUGUUCCUAUUAAAACAGAAGCCAAAGUUAUCGUGAAACGAGCAAUAUGGAAAGAACAAUCACAAAAAGUUGCAUUAAAACAAAUAAUUGGUACUAAUGAUGAAGAAAUACACAUAAAAUUAGAAAAUGAGAUAAUGCGCGCCUUACAAAACUUGGAUCAUGAUAAUUUAAUGCAACUUUAUGGUGUCACUGAAGAUAUUGAAUCCAAUAGUUGUAUGCUAGUAUUACAAUUGGCUAAAGAUGGAAAUCUACGUGAAUAUUUGGCCGCCAAUCCAGAAUUACCUUGGAUUAAUAGAUUACGAAUUGCGAGAGAUGUAUCGCACGGUUUACGACAAUUGCAUAAAGCAGGAGUAAUUCAUGGAGAUUUGCAUGCACGAAAUAUAUUCAUUAACGAUGGAAUAGCAUUCAUAAAGGCUCCACGAAUGAUUUCACAUGAUGAAUCAAAUUAUAAUAAAUCAUCUGAAUUAAUUCCUUACGUAGAUCCAAGAUUAAUAUCAAAUAAGGAUUUAAGACCAGAACGAAGCUCCGAUAUUUAUAGUUUAGGAGUCGUGUUAUGGGAAAUAUCAAGUGGACGACCACCCUUUGAAAAUCAUGAGAAUCAAGUACGACUUACUGUAUCCAUAUUAACGAAAAAAACACGUGAACAACCAUAUCCUAAUACACCAGCAGAUUACAUAAAGUUAUAUGAAGAUUGUUGGCAACAUGAUUCUGCAUUAAGGUCAACAAUUGAUGAGGAACCUUUAUCACCUCCAAGAAAAGAAGAAGUAGAAAAAGAAGAAGAAAAAAUAGAAAAAGUAGACAAAAUAGAUAAAGUAGAUAAAGUAGAAAAGGUAGAAAAGGUAGAAAAAGUAGAAAAAGUAGAAAAAGUAGAAAAAGAAGAAGAAAAUAACAAAGCAGUGAAUGGAUUCGCGCAUUUAUCAAAUGGAAAUCGUGGAAUAAAACAAAAUGGAUCAAUAACUUCGGAAACGGAUACUGAUAACACAUUAAAAAAACAAAAGCGAUCCUCAAAAAUAUUUCAAACUUUUAAGGUGGAUAUUCGAAAGACCAAAAAUAGAUUAUCAUCUGUUUGGUCAAAAAUUUCAUGUACAGGUGGUGGAUAUUUACUUCAACAAAUACAAAAAAAAAAAAAAGGUUAG